AUGAAGGUCCAAUACUGUCAGAAGACAGGCUUAAGGAAAGGUAAGUGGAGUCAUGAAGAAGAUCAGCAACUCAUAGCUUACAUCAAGAGAUUUAGAAUUUGGAACUGGAAUGAAAUUGCAAAAGCAGCUGAUUUGCUAAGAUCGGGUAAGAGUUGUAGACUUCGCUGGAUGAAUUACUUAAAACCAGAUUUAAAGCACGGUAAUUUUACCAAGGAAGAAGAUGAGAUUAUCGUAGAAAUGUAUAAAACUAUGGGAAGCAAAUGGUCUAGAAUUGCGAGUAAGCUGUCAGGGAGAUCCGACAAUGAAAUUAAGAAUCACUGGCAUACCAAUUUGAGAAAACACGGAGAUCGACAUAGUAAAAUGAGAAGUGAUCGUCGAAACAAAGAAAAGACAACCAUGUCAUAUGAUGAAGACCAACAAGCCUCGAGAUCAGAAUUCAGCAUCACAAUGGCGAACAACGAGCCUUAUAAUAUUUUUGAAACAAACUUCACCUCGUUCGAACAAUUUGUCAUUGAACAACAACCUCUAUCGGUGGAAGAUUACGAUAUUGAAGGAUCAUGGAAUAUAGUUAUUGCAGAUCACACCCUAUCCUCAUCUCAACUCAUGUAUUCUAGCAGCACUUCUUCGUCGUCAAUUUCCAAUAAUCAAUAUGAGGAAGAAAUAUGCACUUCUACGACAAUUCAAGAACAAGAUGAAAAUAGUUAUGGGGAUACAAUGCUCAUGAUUUCAGGAGAGGAGUUUCCACAAAUUGAGGGGACAUUGCAUGAAUUUUUCAAUGAUUGGGAAUUUCUACAUGCAAUUUUGACAACAUAA